AUGGAUGUUCCAUUACCGUCACUGGUGGUUCGAAAUGACCACUGCAAAUCAUCAGUUUAUAUGGAGCGUUGUUCAUCGGCUAGCCCACCACCUCCCUACGACGAUGCUGUACGAGAAGUUGCUUGGCCUUCUACUAUUGACCAGACUGUAAUGCAUAUGGAGGAAGCAGUGGAAAACACGCACGCUAUGUUACAGCGUAUGAAGGGCAAUCUGAGUCAUUUCCAUCAAACCAGCCAAGCGCUGAUCGACAAUCUCGAAAGAUCAACACGACAUGACGAACAUAACGAUAGUGACAACGAUAGCGAUAAUGAUGAUUUGGGACGCAUCUCACAAUCACUCCAACAGCUUAUUGAGCAAGCUCAAACGAGUCUGAAAACACGCAUGGCAAUCCGCGAUCCGACUUGCAUGACCGUACACCGUUCAGUUUCAUGUCCGCAGCUCACAACAGUGUUUGACGAACAACAACAUCCUCGUCGGCAAAGUACUCCCGACGAAAUGGAAGAGGACACUCGUCGUCGGUCACUUGCCCGUGCAUCCACCCUUUUCAAUGAAUCACCAAGUUUUCGAGAGCAGCAGAAACGAUACCUUGAUAGUCAUUGGCGACUCACCACCGCUAUGCAGGAACUUGUUGACACUGUAAACACUUGUCAGCAGGAUAAACCUUCUCAUGUUUCACAAAAUCAUUCAUUGCAGCAUUAUCAAUACCCCAUUCCACAACGCCGACGUACCCUUCGCAAAGCCAAACAAGUACAGCAUAUCCACCAUCAUCAUUAUUACCACUCUUCCCCACAGGUCAUUGUACAACAACCACAACAACAGCAUUAUCCACCACCUGCAUCAAUCUCCAUUAGCCAUCUUUUUACCCACGUUUGGUCUUCUUUUCGCUCCUCACUUGUCCACCAUGCUUCUCAGCAUCGUCAGCGCUCAAACUCACUACAGCAACGACGGCUUUACCAACCCUCUACCACAGCAAAGUCGGAUGAUACAACGUCAAGAAUAGACGACCGACAGCAUGUUGACUCGCCGCUACACUCCUCCACAGAUCAAAAGCCGCCGUCUCCUAUUAUACUCCCAUUAGCCCAUUCGAAUCUUCUUCGCCUUAUGCUUUUUGCUACUCUAUUGCUUUUCUCGUUUAUGCAUCCAACAACCGAAAAGACGAGGAGUAAAAGAGUUGUUGCCUCACAACGAUGUGUUGGGCAGUUCAUCAAUACGUCAUCUGAGCGACUUCCUGUAUCCACAUGGAUCCAACGAUCUUGUCUCGUGGUCUAUAUCCUUGCUUUCUUGUAG